GAGUACGCCCAGCUCGAAGCAAACGGCGAACUCGACCGGUCGGAAAAAGUAAAACCUUGAGUGCUGCUCUCUGCUAGACGAAUCUUGAUAUACUUUCAAGAUGCUGCCAACUGUCAGUGAAAAGUCUGCCGAGCCAGGCGUGACUGUCAUCACAGAUGGUGGGUCCUCUGGACGUGACGGUCCUGAGACCAAGGCGUCGUACAAGAAAUACAUCAUUGUUGCUGUUGCUGUCAUUGUUGUUGUUGCUGUUGCUGUCGGUGGAACGUUGGGAGCAGUUCACAUCUCUAACAAGUCAGCACAGGAUGUGUGGAAGGAGUACCAUCUCCGUUUAACCGACAAACAAGGGAAGAAAGUUGACGAAAAGGUCCAGGUUGAUCUGAAGGACAACAUCACCGUGUACACCGUGAACAACGAGAAGUUCCACGUUGCCAUGGACAACUCGAGGAGUCUGGUAGUAUACAAGAUGGAAAUGAACAACAAGUUUGCUUGUUACUUGACUCCAAUGAACAAAUCUGAAGAGACUGACAGCAAGGGCGUGGCCAGCGCUUUGGAACAAUCGAAUACCGUCGAAAAUACGACGGAUGAAGAUAUUGAACAAAAGCGAUUCGUUGUCAACACUUCUCCGAUCAAGGACAAGUCCUUCCUUAGUCCCAGAAUGCAGGAAUUCUGCAAGGAUCUGGAGGCAUACUGGCUUACUCAGAAGGACGACAACAUUGUAGAUGACGCCAGCACCCAUGCACCGGCAGGAGGUAAUCGCCAGAAGCGAGCUUGCUACUGGUAUCAUUGCUGGAGAUACUACUGCUACUAUUACGGUUAUUAUCGGUAUUGCUUUUACAGAUACUAUCAUUUGUGUUACAGAUGCUACGGUAGAUAAACGCCGGGGCAAAAUAUUUGUUUAUCACAGAGAUUACUGCAUAGGGUUAUUAGAACUUUUUCAGCUUUAGAUACUAAAUCCAAGAAUAUCUCAAAACGUUGAAUUUUUAAAGCGGGGUAAUCCACUGUUACAUAAGCGUCACUUGGUACAAAUGCACUAUUACUUUUGAGAAAAUCCCUUCAGAGGUUCUUAAUCAGCGUCCGUUUUCUUUUCUUUUUUCUUUUUUUUUCAUUUCUUUUCAAUAAAGCUUAAGUAUGCAUUUUUGUUUGUUAACUGCCAUAAUAACAACAGUGAAAUCAUUAUUCUAGAUGACAGAUGGUGAUGCACCUUUUAUUAAUGCUUUUAUUUCUUGUUGUUUGCUUUAAGAGUAAAGGAGUUAGAUAAACAAGGACUGACUUUUUCGAAAGUUUUUUUUUUAAUUUUUCGGGGAAUUUUUUAAAUUAUAUUUACAGAAUCAAAUGUCAAUGGUGUUAGAUUUCAGCGUAAAAUAUUUUUCAUUGUAUCUGAACUGCUGGUUACAAAAGUAUAUUAUAUUUAGGAUAUGAGGGCUGCAUGGUUCUCGUACAGAAUGGUGUUAAAGAAAAUCCCUUCCGAAAUUCUUAAUAAGCUUCCCUGUUUUGCUAUUCAUAAGUUCCACGUGUGCAUUUUUGUAUGUUAACUCUCAUGUCAACAACAGUAAAAUUAUUAUUCUAGAUUGUUGUUACUUAUACAUCUUUUAGUUGUGCUUCUUUUGCCUUCUUUUUUGCUUUGUUUUAGAAAAAAAAUGAGUAAAAGUCACUAUGACUUUUUUCUGAGUUGUUAUCAUUGUGUUUUAAUGGCUUUUAUUUAUUUACAAAAAAAAAAAAAAAAAAAAA